CUCCUACUACUCGUGCGUUGGGGGUUAGGAUAUGCACAAUGCUCCAUCUGGUCGUCCACUAUCCUUAACAGGUUUACAAUGCGUCGGACCUUUGCGCUCAUCUGCGCUCGGGUCGUACAGCGUCUCACAAACAGAUGUUCGCGAACACGCUGCCUGCCUCCCCGUCGCGAGUGACACCAAUAGAAUAUGCAGCUUGUUUCCAUCGGGUCCCAGACACUCCAACCACUACCAUGUAUUAAUAGAACUAGGCUGAUGUUCGCAAACGUUUACCAUGGUUUGAAUCAUUGAUCCACGGGGUUGCGUAUCUACGGUUGUCACUCGGUAGAUUGAGUCGUAAGUAUGCGCAUCUUGUGUUUCUCAUUUUCCCCGACGAGCGUACAGCGUGCGCCUCCAUAUACAUGUACUUUUCUCACCGGUUUGAACGUGUAUAGUGAGCCAUGGAUUCGGGAUCAGCCACGUUCAUCUGCGCUGGCCCCUCUUAUACGCCAGAUGGACAGACAUACAGACGGCCUUGAGGGACUUCAGCCAGAAUCAAGGUCCCCCCCUCCUCCCUUCAUACCAACCACUUUUCUUCAAUGGAUCUCCAGAUCGAACUUUUUAUACCUAAAAAACAAACGAACUGUACAACUUGGACUGCUAGGAAGAAUGACGUAAGACGCCCAAGGCCCCAUACAAUAUAUAUUUCCACUACUAUUCACAUCGCCGACAUAAAAAAAAGAUAAUAUCGUGAUAGUCAAGCAAACACGUAGCAGACCUUCAACAGUUCACAGCACAAGCAAGAAGCUCACAUACACAUAGAAAUUGAUCUGCUCGAGACGUCUUUCCAAAUUAAUUUUGGACUCACCUCCCUCACCCCCUUCCCUCAUGCCUUCCUUCCCGAUUCAGUAUUCGCUACAUGAAAGAGCAUGGAAACUCCUUGUUGGUCUUAGGCAUGCUAUACUCCUUCUGUUUCGGCCGCGUUGCUUGUUUUCCCUUGAAGCUGGGAUACUGAUGCAAAUUGAUUAACCCGAGGCUGUGGGUAGAGACUUCAUUCGGGGCACAUUCACGAAAUCUUCUCUGUCUGUCUCUCUUUCUCUCUUUGGGGGCAUUUGGGUAUGGGUGAUUUCGCGUCCGUGGAAUUCCGACGUUGCUUGGGUAGCGAUUUUCUUUUCUUUUCUUUUGGCGGGCUGGAUUUUCUUUUUUGCUUUUUUUUGCUUCGUAUCUUCAUCGGGAAUUUUUUGUUUCUGAUUGGGCGCUGCUUCUGCAGGUUGGGAUGUCUGCAUGUUGGGUUGCGCGAUUAUACGCUUGCCGAUUGAAUCAGGCUUGGGUUUUUUCCAUGGCGGUGGUAUGAUUGUAGGAAAUGACGGUACAGUGGGGAUGGUGAAGGGACCGAUGGCUUGCGUGUGGCUUCGCGAAUCAGUCGUACACCUUGUUAUCGAAGGUAUCGAUCGUGC